CUUUGUAGUCGCAUGAAAAGAUUGUAUACUGAACUCUUUGUAGUUUUGCUGUUGUUUUUUAGACGCAUAUACCGUAGUUCACAGAUGUAUCUCAAACUUGAUCGUAUUAUAAAUUUUUACCACGUGCCGUUUACAAUUGUAUUCACGCGAAUUUUGUGGUUAGACCCAUAUAAUAAAAUAAAAUAUAAAAAAGUUUUGAUUGUAAUUACUGAAAUUCAGUAAAUAAAAAUUAAGAUAUCAUUUUUAGUACAAUCAAACAUGGAAACGAAAAAGCAACGGGAAACUGACAUCUAAUAAUCCAAUGGUCGCAUUAACAAGGAAUCAUGAAUUUUCCUUCAAAUCAAUUAAUUGGAAAUGCAGAUAUAACGAUGCAAAUCACUAGCGGAGGAUUUCCUCAACUUUAUUUCAUGUCCCAUGUUUACAAAUUUAAAAUAAGCUAGCUAUGGAGACUACACACAGUGUAUAGUCUCCAUAAAGCUAGCUUAAUAAAGCUUUACUUUUAGGUUGACCGACUCGAUACUCUGACGCCAAUUACCGUUUUUUUCAAUAUAUUUAGGUUCAAAUGAAGAUCAGCAAUAUGCGUGGAAAAAUAAACUAUUCCUGAAAUUUCGAAUUUUUUUGUAAAAGACAGUAUGACAGUGAAGAUGAGUACAGUGAUUCUUCAACUUCAUCGACAAGAUCCAAUCGUUUCAAAAAAAGUCCAGCAAUAAUAAAAUAUCCCGACAAUAAAGAAAACAUGACAAAACCAACAGCCAUCAGUAAUACAAUACAGGUACCACCGGCCCGACAGCAAACUUUAGGUGGGAAACUCCCUCCAAUCAUUCCAUUAAAAGUUGCUAAAGUCGACACUAAACAUGGCGAAUCGAUUGAAAAAAAAGUUGAUCAGUUAUUUAAAGUAUAUGAAGAAAACAAACAAAUAUUGAUGGCUGUAAAUGAACAGUUGAAUGCUAAUACUCAGAAAUUGGAUUCCGUAAUAAUGAAAUUGGACGAUACUAGAGCAAGAGUAGAUUCAUUGCAGAUGCUGAGCAACGCGGGUGUAGACAAUACAUUUAGUAAACCUGAUUUUAUACCUAUGCAGACAAUUGAAGAAGUAGAGAAAUAUGAAAGUUACGAGGAUACGAAAAGACAACAAUUGAAAAAUUAUCUAAGUCAUUUUCGAGUUGCGUCUUCUCCCUACGAUAAUUUAAAAUAUUUCUUAAAGGGAGAUUUCAUAAUUAAGGAUGAAGUUCUUGUUAAUUUCAACUAUUUUAAAUCGAAUAAGACGAAAAUGAACACACUCCAAGGCACUAAAUUGGAUAUAGAUUUGUACACAAUAGUAUUGAAAAAUCAUCCAAGUUACUCGUUCAACCAGCACACUAUAGAUUUUCAAAGAGCCCUGAGAGCCGCUUACGCUCGAGUAACAAAGAGAAAUAACGAGGAUGAAGAAGAAGAAGAAGAAGAAGAUGGCAAUGACAAUCUUCAAGACAAUGGAGAAAAGAAAAAGAAGAAGAAGACGAAGAACUCGAAGAUGGUUCCAAGAAAAAAUAUCGACAAAUAUCCAGAGUCGACUUCAUAAAGAUUUGAUAUUUUUUUUUUAUUAAAAUUCAGUUAUUUUUUUAUAAGUAAUAUUCAGUUAUUUUAAAACUUUAAUUUUCAAUUAAGAAGUGCAAUUUGAUAUUGCAAUAAUGUAAUUUAUAUAAAAUAAUCAUAAUAAAAUAAUUUAAACAUCUUAUUCCUAAAUAAAAAGCUGAAAAAGAAA